AUGUUGCUUCCGAAAGGCGGUGUUUCGUGGAAAUCAGUCAAGGCCCGGUUGCCUCCCACAAGGCUUCUGACCUCGCUGGUUUCCAGGCCUCGAUUUCUCAUAUCCGUUGCCCUUACCAGUAUGAUAGUACUGCUAUGGAAAGGGAUCUGGAGUUCUGCGGCGGAGAUGCAGAGUUUCUAUUGCUUUGGCCCCUCAAAGUCCCCAGCGCAAAUGACACCAAAUGAGAUGGUGGAGUGGAAUUCAUAUCUCCAGACACCAGUAAUAUUUAACCACCACGAACCUUACCAAGUUAAUUCUUCCACCAUCCAACAUAUUGACCUAAAUGCUGUUAAGACAACCACCAAAGCUGCGCUAAACAACGAACGUGUUCUCAUUGCCACUCCCCUCCGAGAUUCUGCCGCUUAUCUGCCCAAAUAUUUCGACCUGGUGACCGAAUUGACCUAUCCCCAUCACCUCAUCGACCUCGCAUUCUUGGUCAGCGACACGACGGAUGAUACUUUAGCUAUUCUAGCGGCGGAGUUAGAACGGAUACAAAAGGCUGAAAAGAUUGCGUUCCGUAGUGCUUCGGUUAUCCAAAAGGACUUUGGGCUGGAUCUGAGUAUGGAGGUCCAUGAGAAGCAUGGUUUUGAAGCCCAGGGACCUCGACGAAAGAUAAUUGCGAAAGCCCGGAAUUUCUUGCUGAGUUCUGCGUUGAAGCCCGAUCAUUCGUGGGUUUACUGGCGCGAUGUUGAUAUUGUCGAUAGCCCGAAGAGAAUUAUCGAGGAUUUCGUCGCACAUGACAAGGAUAUUCUUGUUCCCAUUGACUACAAUUCCUGGAAAGAAAGUGACAAAGGCUUGAAGCUCGCUGCAAGUCUUGAUAAAGACACUAUCCUAGUAGAGGGUUAUAAGGAGUUCGAUACUGGACGCGAAUACCUGGCCAAAAUGGGCGACUGGAGAAACAACAAAGAUGAGGAAGUCGAAUUGGAUGGUGUUGGAGGCGUCAAUAUACUUGUCAAAGCCGAUGUGCAUAGAGCUGGCAUCAACUUUCCAUGCUACGCCUUCGAAAACCAAGCCGAAACGGAAGGGUUUGCCAAAAUGGCCAAACGGGCGGGCUAUCAAGUCGUCGGAUUACCUAAUUAUGUUGUCUGGCACAUCGAUACGCAAGAAAAGGCAGGAAAUCUCGCUGAUCGACCAGCCUACUAA